AUGCCGCUGGUGAAGAGAUGCAUCGAGCCCAGGCACCUGUGCCGUGGAGCCGUGCCGGACGGGGUCACCAGCGAGCUGGAGUGUGUCACUAACAGCACCCUGGCAGCCAUCAUCAAACAGCUGGGGGGCCUGAGUAAGUCUACACACCUGGCUGACUGACUAACAGUCUGACUGCUGUCUGACUGACCGACUGUCUGACUGCUGGCUGACUGACAGUGACUGACUGAAUGCUGAAUGGAAUUUAAAUCUUAACCAAACUAUUUCAGACAGUACUUUUUAACAUGUACUGUAUGGGUUCUUUUAAAGGUACAUUCUCAUAGCCCUACUCUGACCCUGGCCUCUGUUAAUGCAUGGUGUGUGUUUUUGUGAAUGCAGGUCGACAUGCAGAGGACAUCUUUGGGGAGCUGUUCAACGAGGCCAACAGCUUCUACAUGAGAAUGAACAGCCUCCAGGAGAGAGUGGACCUGCUGGCUGUCAAAGUCACCCAGCUGGACUCCACUGUGGAGGAGGGUAGGUGGAGGCAGCAGGUGACAGGGGUUAUGAGGGAGGGGUGGUAAGGGUGUGGCAGAAUCUACUGAGGAAGGGGACUGGUCAAAUCAUACAGUACAUGCUAUAGCAUGAUCAUACCCAGGCAAAGUUACAGCACAGCAUACGGUAUGAGAGCGUGAAUAAGCAUCAAAUGAAGAGCACCAUGCUAAUUAGCGAAGUAAAACACACCGUUGCAUAAUGCAUAAUGCAAAGGCUUCACCAGGGCUUAGUGCCCCACAGCUGAGCCACAGACUCCCUGCUGCUGCAAUCACUAAUACAUUGAUUUUCAUUAUACAGCCUGGGAUAAACCGGAUACUGUAUACAGUGCAUUCGGAAAGUGUUCAGACCCCUUGACUUUUUCCACAUUUUGUUACGUUACAGCCUUAUUCUAAAAUGGAUUAAAUUGUUUUCCCCCUCAUCAAUCUAUACACAAUACCCCAUAAUGACUAAGCAAAAACAGGUUUGUUAGAAUUAUUUUCAUAUAUAUUAAUAAUAAAACACUGAAAUAUCACAUUUACAUAAGUAUUCAGACCCUUUACUCAGUACUUUGUUGAAGCACCUUUGGCAGCGAUUACAGCCUCGAGUCUUCUUGGGUAUGACGCUACAAGCUUGGCACACCUGUAUUUGGGGAGUUUCUCCCAUUCUUCUCUGCAGAUCCUCUCAAGCUUUGUCAGGUUGGAUGGGGAGCGUUGCUGCACAUCUAUUUUCAGGUCUCUCCAGAGAUGUUCGAUCAGGUUCAAAUCUGGGCUCUGGCUGGGCCACUCAAGGACAUUCAGAGACUUGUCCCGAAGCCACUCCUGUGUUGUCUUGGCUGUGUGCUUAGGGUCGUUGUCCUGUUGGAAGGUGAACUUUCGCCCCAGUCUGAGGUCCUGAGCGCUCUGUAGCAGGUUUUCAUCAAGGAUCUCUCUGUACUUUGCUCCGUUCAUCUUUCCCUCGAUCCUGACUAGUCUCCCAGUCCCUGCCGCUGAAAAACAUUCCCACAGCAUGAUGCUGCCAUCACCAUGCUUCACCGUAGGGAUGGUGCCAGGUUUCCUCCAGACGUGAAGCUUGGCAUCCAGGCCAAAAAGUUCAAUCUUGGUUUCAUUAGACCAGAUAAUCUUCAAAUCAAAUCAAAUCAAAUUGUAUUGGCCACAUGCGCCGAAUACAACAGGUGCAGACAUUACAGUGAAAUGCUUACUUACAGCCCUUAACCAACAGUGCAUUUAUUUUUCAUAAAAAAGUAAAAUAAAACAACAACAAAAAAGUGUUGAGAAAAAAAGAGCCGAAGUAAAAUAAAAGAACAGUAGGGAGGCUAUAUAUACAGGGAUCUGGGAGUCCUUUAGGUGCCUUUUGGCAAACUCUAAGCGGGCUGUCAUGUGCCUUUUACUGAGGAGUGGCUUCUGUCUGGCCACUCUACCAUAAAGGCCUGAUUGGUGGAGUGCUGCGGAGAUGGUUGUCCUUCUGGAAGGAUCUCCCAUCUCCACAGAGGAACUCUGAAGCUCUACAGGAGUGUCCAUAGGGUUAUUGGUCACCUCCCUGACCAAGGCCCUUCUCCCCCGAUUGCUCAGUUUGGCCGGGCGGCCAGCUCUAGAAAGAGUCUUGGUGGUUCCAAACUUCUUCCAUUUAAGCAUGAUGGAGGCCACUGUGUUCUUGGGGACUUCAAUGCUGCAGAGAUUGUUUGGUACCCUUCCCCAGAUAUGCCUCGACACAAUCCUUUCUCGGAGCUCUACGGACAAUUCCUUCGACAUCAUGGCUUGGUUUUUGCUCUGACAUGCACUUUCAACUGUGGGGCCUUAUAUAGACAGGUGUGUGCCUUUCCAAAUCAUGUCCAAUCAAUCAAAUUUACCACAGGUGGACUCCAAUCCAGUUAUAAAACAUCUCAAGGAUGAUCAAUGGAAACAGGAUGCACCUGAGCGCAAUUUCGAGUCUCAUAGCAAAGGGUCUGAAUACUUAUGUAAAUACAUUUCAGCAACAUUUUCUAAAAACCUGUUUUCACUUUGUCAUUAUGGGGUAUUGUGUGUAGAUUGAUGAGGACAUUUUUUUUUAUUUCAUCCAUUGUAGAAUAAGGCUGUAACGUAACAAAAUGUGGAAAAAGUCAAGGGGUCUGAAUACUUUCCGAACACACUGUAUGUAUCCCAUUUAGCAUCUCUACUUACCUUAAUCAUGACUCAUGACCCUCUGUUUGCGGUCCUAUUAAAUUGUGUUCUUAUAAGAGGAAGCAUUGAUACACCACUAAUGAAUGUGGUUGGUUUUCAUGUUAUUGAACUUCUAAACUUCCUCAUGCAAAUUGGGAUGCCAUGGCCAUUCAUAGCUGAUAAUGAGUCAGUGUUCGAGGGUUCAUUCAGUGUGUUCAUUCUUGGCAUUCUGGUCCCAGUUUCGCUGCAGGACAUCAACAUGAGGAAAGCCUUCAAGAGCUCCACCAUCCAGGACCAGCAGGUGGUGUCCAGGAACUCCAUCCUCAACCCUGUCAUGGAGAUGUACCAUCGCUGUGACAAACCUCCACCCCUCAACAUCCUCAGCCCCUACAGGUCAGCCCUCAACCAAUCACAUUACAACUUACUGAACCCCACUUUAAUCUUUGCAUUUAUCCUUAGGUACAGGAUACAGAAUUAAGCAUUGGGGAUGUGCAAUUUAUGUGAAUUGUAACAUAGUUAUAUAAUGUAUAAAGUGUAGGUGUCAAUUGCAUUGCCAAAGCACAGUCUCAGGUCAGGAUGUGUUGUCAUACAGGGAUGACAAAAAGGAUGGCCUGAAGUUCUACACAGACCCAUCCUACUUCUUUAAUCUGUGGAAGGAGAAGAUGAUCCAAGCAACAGAAAACAAGCGGAAGGAGAAGAGGAAGCAGAAGGCAGGGUGACAAGGUGAGUGAGUUUGUUUGGAUGUGUGUUUAUGUGUAUCUAUGAUGAAUCACUACUCACACAUGUUGCUACAUUUUGCUCCAAGCUCUUUGCUGGCUCUUGGUAUUUUGGGUAUUUUAUUAGGAUCCCCAUUAGCUGUUGCGAAAGCAACAGCUACUCUUCCUGGAGUUCACACAGGACAUGAAACAUGACAUAAUACAGAACAUUAAUAGACAAGAACAGCUCUCUCUUAUCCUCUAUAUUCUCAUGACUGUUGGCUGUUUAUUCCCUCUCAGACCCUCUCUCCCUCCCUCCACCAUUUAACAUCAGGCCAGUCAGGAUUAGCUCAUUGCUCAUUUUAGACUGUCUGUGCUCAAGCUUCCUAAGCCUGGGGAGGUGGAAGUGGACGUGUGUUUAGACGGAGAUAGAGGAUGGGAAGGAACGAGAGAAAAAGAGAGCGAGGGCUUAGGGGCGAGGGAGGGCGCAAGACAGGAGACAAUGACAUGGUUAGUAAAUAGCCAUAUGUGUUUUAGCAAGAUGAAAAACCUCUUACGAACACUACUAAGCUAUAUAGUUAAAAUUGACUUAAUUAGAGGAAGCAUGCUUAUUUAUUUACUAAGAACCAAGACUUAGAACUUCCACCACUAGUGGAAGGAACCGUAGCAGAACUUAAAUGCAUUUUAUACAUAAUAAAUGUGCACUUACAUGCCCUGUUUAUGGUUUAUGUUUGUCCCAUAAUGAUGGUAGUUGAUGAUAGUUUUUUCCCAUACGUAGGGUUUAUACCGCAUUCUGAGGGAAUCCUCUGGUGCAGUCCAUAUCUCUGUAUUUCAGCUGGAGUCACAGUCUCAUACAUUUGUCAUUUCCAGGAGCAGAAACAGGUGGAGGACCCCAGCCGGGAGGUGAAGAAGGUGAGGAAGGCCCGGAACCGUCGUCAGGAGUGGAACAUGAUGGCCUACGACAAGGAGUUCCGCCCAGACACCCGCCUCACACCUUCACCCUACCAUGGCAUGUCCUCUGAGGGAUCCCUCUCUCCAGACAGGUCAGUAGGGAUGCACUGCAUCAAUCAAUCAAGGAACAAUUAUUAUAUAUCAUAUAUGAUUAUAUAUACAGUAUUAUGUGAAAUAUGGGGAAAUGCGAAUCACGAAAUGUAAAUGUACAAAAUCUGCUUUCUACUGCCAUCGACCUAAAUGUUCGAAAGCAUGCAUGUUCCUGAGAGGGAGACCGCGAGGUUUUGAGAUUUAGGUAUAGAGAUGUAUUGAGAGCGCAACAUUGUAUGUGUCUCAAUGGUGCUGCCCGUCCGCUCACAGACGUCAUAAUGGGACAGAUACAACGUUGUGACCUCUAUACAGUGGGGGGAAAAAGUAUUUAGUCAGCCACCAAUUGUGCAAGUUCUCCCACUUAAAAAGAUUAGAGAGGCCUGUAAUUUUCAUCAUAGGUACACGUCAACUAUGACAGACAAAAUGAGAAAAACAAAUCCAGAAAAUCACAUUGUAGGAUUUUUAAUGAAUUUAUUUGCAAAUUAUGGUGGAAAAUAAGUAUUUGGUCAAUAACAAAAGUUUCUCAAUACUUUGUUAUAUACCCUUUGUUGGCAAUGACACAGGUCAAACGUUUUCUGUAAGUCUUCACAAGGUUUUCACACAUUGUUGCUGGUAUUCUGGCCCAUUCCUCCAUGCAGAUCUCCUCUAGAGCAGUGAUGUUUUGGGGCUGUCGCUGGGCAACACGGACUUUCAACUCCCUCCAAAGAUUUUCUAUGGGGUUGAGAUCUGGAGACUGGCUAGGCCACUCCAGAACCUUGAAAUGCUUCUUACGAAGCCACUCCUUCGUUGCCCGGGCAGUGUGUUUGGGAUCAUUGUCAUGCUGAAAGACCCAGCCACGUUUCAUCUUCAAUGCCCUUGCUGAUGGAAGGAGGUUUUCACUCAAAAUCUCACGAUACAUGGCCCCAUUCAUUCUUUCCUUUACACGGAUCAGUCGUCCUGGUCCCUUUGCAGAAAAACAGCCCCAAAGCAUGAUGUUUCCACCCCCAUGCUUCACAGUAGGUAUGGUGUUCUUUGGAUGCAACUCAGCAUUCUUUGUCCUCCAAACACGACGAGUUGAGUUUUUACCAAAAAGUUCUAUUUUGGUUUCAUCUGACCAUAUGACAUUCUCCCAAUCCUCUUCUGGAUCAUCCAAAUGCACUCUAGCAAACUUCAGACGGGCCUGGACAUGUACUGGCUUAAGCAGGGGGACACAUCUGGCACUGCAGGAUUUGAGUCCCUGGCGGCGUAGUGUGUUACUGAUGGUAGGCUUUGUUACUUUGGUCCCACCGUUCUUGUGAUCAUUUUGAUCCCACGGGGUGAGAUCUUGCGUGGAGCCCCAGAUCGAGGGAGAUUAUCAGUGGUCUUGUAUGUCUUCCAUUUCAUAAUAAUUGCUCCCACAGUUGAUUUCUUCAAACCAAGCUGCUUACCUAUUGCAGAUUCAGUCUUCCCAGCCUGGUGCAGGUCUACAAUUUUGUUUCUGGUGUCCUUUGACAGCUCUUUGGUCUUGGCCAUAGUGGAGUUUGGAGUGUGAUUGUUUGAGGUUGUGGACAGGUGUCUUUUAUACUGAUAACAAGUUCAAACAGGUGCCAUUAAUACAGGUAACGAGUGGAGGACAGAGGAGCCUCUUAAAGAAGAAGUUACAGGUCUGUGAGAACCAGAAAUCUUGCUUGUUUGUAGGUGACCAAAUACUUAUUUUCCACCAUAAUUUGCAAAUAAAUUCAUUACAAAUCCUACAAUGUGAUUUUCUGGAUUUUUUUCUUCUCAUUUUGUCUGUCAUAGUUGACGUGUACCUAUGAUGAAAAUUACAGGCCUCUCUCAUCUUUUUAAGUGGGAGAACUUGCACAAUUGGUGUCUGACUAAAUACUUUUUUCCCCCACUGUACAUCUCUAUGCGACAACGGAUCAGAGUGAGGAUGUGAAUAGAAUCUCAUUUCUUAUGAUUAUCAGUAAAAUAAACAAAUGUAUAAAAUAUUGAUUACUAUGUAUAGCUUUGUAAGACUAUAAAUGACCAACCACCAAGCUUUGAAGUAGUUAGUACCGGGAGACUAUCAGCAAUUGCGCUAAGCUAAUGUUAUGCUAACUUCAAUCAUCUCCAAACUGCACGCCGAGACAUAAAAAUGGUAUCCAUGAGACUCCGGGUAAAUAGAAAAACGACCGAAAUCUCGCAUUAUCCCUUUAACAUAUAAUAUUCUACAUUGUACUCCUUCACAUCAAAAAUAUUAUGUUUGAAUAUUAGGCUACUAGGUUUUUAGAUGACAAAUAGAUUUUUUAGGAUGUCCAUUGACAUGAGAUUAGGUGCAUAUUGAACGGCUUUGAUGAUAUCAACCUCUAUCUGUGGAUUAAAUAUUCCAGGUCUGGUAUGUCUGAUGAGCUGUCCUACCCUGCCAGCCCUAACCACCCACCCCAGGAGGGAGCUGUACUGGGUCCUGAUGGGAAGGAGCACCUAACAGGCCCCAACCAGACCCAGUCUCUGGACCGGGCCUACCGACCCCCUGCUGCUGCUACCGCUGCAGGUCAAGGCCGCCAGCAUUCCCUGGGCCGCAUGCAGCCCCACCACGGACCCACACCCACAGACCCAUCCCUGAACGGACCCCGGCCCGCAACUUCCAAAGAGGCCAGGUGUGUAGCUAGCUACCCUUCUCAUCUCUCCUUCUGUGCCCAUUUUUGCUAUUUUAUCUAAGCUGAAUUAAAGUCUGAAAGCCUAUUCUAUCUACAGUAAAUGUCACAGGCAUUUAUUUGAUCCUAAUGUUAACGAUGUAGUGCUGGAAUUGUGAGAAUGACUAUGUCUGACUUGGUUGGUUUCCUCUAAUUGUUCCACAGCGGUCACCAGAUGCCUGAGCACUUUAUCCCUCCGGCCCCGCCCCCACCUCCUCCCCUCAUCCCCUCAGCCCAGACGGCCUUUGACAGCAAAGCAGGGCCUCCCACCCUGGCCCCUGGCACCGUGGCCACCCUGUCCCGCCCCUACAGCCCCUCGCCCCCACCACCCCCACCCGCCGGCUACAUCCCCUCUCCAUCUCACCCUGUCACUGGGGGACCCCCUGUUGCCCCUCCUCCACCCCCACCUGGUGGCCCCCCAACAUUUGCUCCCUCUCCAGCCCAUGCCAUACACCCCUCUGGGGGCACACUGCCAAGGAAGGGCAAGGUGCUAGGCAUCCCGAUAAGUGACGCACGCAGUGACCUGCUGUCAGCCAUCCGCAGAGGUGAGACCCUCUGGUUCACUAGGUGGAAAGGCCAGGAUUAUACCACGUGAUCUGUCUACAUUACUGUACAUGGAAAGCCACUAUUCUAGUAACAUAUUUACUGUAGGGAAAAUAUAUUUUGACAGUUUGUAGUAAGUAUAAUCUGUACAGUUGAUGACCGUAGUGUUGUGUCCUCAGGCAUCCAGCUGAGGAAGGUGCAGGAGCAGCGUGAGCAGGAAGCCAAGAAGGAGCCGGUGGGGAACGACGUGGCCACCAUCCUAUCCCGACGCAUCGCAGUGGAGUACAGCGAAUCAGACGAGGACUCAGAGCCUGAGGAGAACGAGUGGUCAGACUGA